GACAAACCUGAGACGAGCCGGCGGUGUGACUUCACCGCGAUCAGUCUGCUUUGGGCUGAUACCGUCCUCUGUCCGCCACACCGAGCUGAACCCGGAGCCGCUCCCCGGAGGAAGGAUGUAUUGAUCCGUCCGGCUGCAGAGAGCUUCUCCAGCUGAUCCCUCCAUGCGUCAGCUCUGGGAAUGGAUCAGGAAUCCGCUGCGGCCAGUUUGAUCUCUCUGACUGAACAUGAGCAGAGGUUUUUCUCAGGUCUCCUCGCUCUGUGCCAGGCUGACGCUCCGGGAAAACUGUCGCCCAGCAAAGUGGCGGAGCUGUUCAAGGCGUCUCAGCUGCCUGCAGAAUCCCUGCAUAAAGUGACCGAGGUGUGUGGAGCGAAGCACCUGGGUUACUUUGGUACAACCCAGUUCUACAUUGCUCUGAAGCUGCUAGCAGCUGCCCAGUCUGGUCUGCCCAUCCGCCUGGAGAGUGUAACCGGCAAUCUACCUCUGCCCCGAUUCGCUGGGCUUAAGAAUGAUCCGGAGAUGCGAUACACAGCUAUUGCCCCCGGCUCUGACCCUCAAGGGGCCACAGCUGGUUCCGUCACCUGGAACCCUGCAGACAGGAGCACUUUCAGACACCUGGAGGCCAACGCUGAGGGGAAAGGAAGACCUGAGCCGUGGUCUCCUCCUCGGUCUCCAUCCAGCUCACCGCCUCGCUCUCCUCUGACUUAUCGCGGCUACUCGUAUGCAAAGCAGAGAAACGGUAUGGACACGCAGAUCACCUAUGAGAAGCACUCCUCUGGAUCCAUGGUUCAGCCGGAGCAGCACUCCUCACCCAGCCAUUACGUGAACAAACCCACUGUGGAGCAUCCAGCCAUGGCUCAGGCUUCCUCUAUAGAGAGACUCAAUCAGCAGUCUGCAGUGACCUAUACAGAUGAUGACCCCUGGAGGAUCACAGUGGAACAGCUGGAGUAUUACACCAACCAGUUUAAAACCCUCCAGCCUGACCUAGGGGCUCUAAUCCUGGGAGCUGUAGCAAAGAACUUCUUCACUAAAUCCAAGCUGCCCAUACCAGAGCUCUCCCACAUUUGGGAGCUGAGUGAUGUGGACCGGGACGGAGCGCUGACCUUCUCCGAGUUUUGCAUAGCCUUUCACCUGAUUGUGGCUCGGAAGAACGGAUACCCCCUCCCAGAGAGCCUUCCUCCGACGCUGCAGCCAGGGUUCGCGCAGCGUGGUGAGGAGCAUGUGUCUCAGAGACUGGAGCCUUUAAUUUUCUUUGAGGACGCAAAAUCGAGGCCCUGUCAGGUGGACCCAAGCAGCUCUGGGAGGCUGGAGCCAAGCUUGGCUGCAAGGAAGCAAGAUUUACCAGAGGAAUCCCUCCAACAAGAUACGAGUGGGAAACGUUUGGUCUCAUCUCGACAGAAACCCAAUCUCCAGCUGGGAGCUUUUCCUGACAGAGCAGAGCCACAUCAGGAUUUAGACCCGCAGAUGAGGACAAAAACAAGACAAAGGUCAUACUCCAGCACUUCCAUUGACGAUGCUGUAAAGAAGGCGGAGGAACCGCCCACCCCCCCGCCUCGCCCUCAGAAAACCCACUCCAGGGCCUCCUCCCUGGACCUCAACAGGCUCUUCCAGCAAGGCGCUCCAGCGGUGAAAAGUGGAUGGUUGCUUCCUCCUCCUGCUCUCCCUCCCAGACCCUUAACCUCACAGGUUCCUCAUUUUGUCAACGUUUCGGAGCAAACUUCCCAGAGUAAAGUGCAGCAGCCAAACUUUGCUGACUUCAGUCACUUCAGAGAAGAGGAGGAGAGCAACGUUAAACUGGAAGAGCAGGGUCCCAGCUCCAGGUUUGGGCUGAGUUCUGAAGACCUGACAAGUUCUUCCAAACAGGACGCCUCUGGCACUCCUCAAAGUCAAGCGCCGCAGAAGCCAAUUCGAAGGAAAUACCACCCAGAGAGCCAGAACCUGGAGACUGGAACGACUCCUCCUGCCAUGCCGUUUCCUCCGCCUGCCAAACCCAACCAAAAGCUGCUGUCCCGACAGAAGAAAGAAAUCCAGAUGGCGAUCCGUAAGAAUCGGGAAACCAACGCGGUUUUAAGGCGCCUCAACAGCGAGCUCCAGCAGCAGCUCAAGGUAGUUCACCAGGAGAGAGUCACCUUGGAGUCCCAGCUGGAUCUCCUGCGUCCUCUGGCCUCGACAUGACCUGAUGUCCGGUUCGGGUCCUGGUCGCACUCAAACGCAUCAGCUUGGAUCCUGUUAGGGCCAAAAAAAUGGAAAGUGAAGGUUCUUCUUAUUUAAAUCUUAAAGGGCUCAGACGUUUUAGAAGCAAAAAUGAAUCAUUGACUUGAUUAAAAGGGAUCAUUCUUUAAUCAGGGACCUCUGUCCCAUCACCGUAUGUUAGCUCUAAUGAUGUUUGUGUUUGUUUUAAUUGUUAGCACAUGUAAAAUACCACGAUUCUGACUUAUGUUCUCCUCUCUGAUAUGCUGUUAGUUUCUACAUGUGAAGGUUUACAGCGCAUGUAGUAGUUUGCACACAUUCCAAGGAGUCUGAAUGUCCAUUUCCUCUGAUUUCUAAAUUUUUGGGGUGUAGCAUAAGUCCCCUCAUACAUGACCUAAAGCAGAUAAAGGUGCUACAGAUUCUUUUUCCUUUAAAAAAAAGUUAUGAACGCACACUAGUAACAGUGUUAGGCAAAAACCUUGAGUAUGGAGGAUAAAAGUACAGAACGACACGGCUAAGAAUGUUACCUCUAAUGAUUUGUAUAAGAUGUGCACAUUUCGCUAGAGAAGUUGCUGUCUUUCUGUUUUUUUUUUUACUCAGACUCUGGUGCCAGUUUUACUGUUACACUAGUUUAAAGAAUUUUUUUUUUUUUAAACAAUGUGACAGUAUUCCGUAUUUGUUUCGAAGCAUUUGAACCCACGUCUUAAAAAAAAAAAA